CCCAGCUCCCUCCGCCUUUCCUCGCAGGAGAGAUGCUCCAGUCCCUCAGUCAUCUUUGUUACGCUCUGCCGGACACGCUCCAGGAGCUCCGUGUCCCUCCAAGGAGCCCAGAGCCGGACACAGCGCUCCAGCUCCUCGGUAUUUUUGCACAAGCUCCGAUGCUGUGAUGGCCUCAUGGCACAAAACAGCUGGGGCUCUUUGGUGGCUGUGUUUGCUUUCUCAGGCCGAGCUUCCCAGCGGGAGGCAAACCAGAGGCAAAGUACAGAAACACUUCAGCACAAGCAGCGUGCUUUCUGCUGAGAAGGAUAAAUCCACCGCUUCCAAAGGCAGCACCACUGAGGGGGCAUCCAAGAGGCAGGAGGGUACAGCAGAAACACCAAAGCAGAAGCUGUUAGACCUUAUUGGUAAUAUGAAAGUGGAAGUGAGCUACAGAAAGAAACUCCAAGAGCUGAAAGCCAGUGAGAACAAAAAGCAAGACGCGAACAGGCUGGAAGGCCCGGACAGUGAAGGUCCUCAGAGAACUGCAGAAGGCAUCCAACGAGGAAAGCCUUUAAAUCCAGAACUGGUGAAGGCUGCUUCUGCAGUCGCAUCUUCCCUUCCACUCAACAAGAAACAGACAGAAUCAGAACUACUUGCACAACUAAGAAGACAUGAAGAAACCACAGAUAAACAGAAGAAGGGGGAAACUAUUAACAUACGCGACGUUAUUUCAGAAAUGACAGUCAAAAAGCAGUCCCCAGCUCAGAGGGGUGUGAGGAUAUCCAGUCGCAUUUCCUUGGAGUUGGAUGAUGAUGGUCAAAGAAUAAGGCCUGAAAGAUUUUUGUCUCAGUCUUUUGACUCCAGAAGAAGUCUCAAAGCAGGAAAGAGGCUUAAUAUAUUCACUAAGGCUUCUACAGAACCAGAACACGCACUGAAAACAGUAUCUUCACCAACAAUUUGGGAUCUGGAGUUUGCGAAGGAGAUUGCAGCAAUAACUGCACAGCCGCCCCGAAAUGGUUUUGAGGAGAUGAUCCAGUGGACAAAAGAAGGAAUACUGUGGGAGUUCCCAAUUGACAACGAAGUUGGGAUGGACGAUGGUGCUGAAUUUCAUGAACAUAUCUUUCUGGACAAACACCUCGAAGGCUUUCCCAAGGAUGGACCUAUUCGCCACUUCAUGGAACUAGUCAUCUGUGGGCUUUCAAAAAACCCAUACCUCAGUGUUAAGCAGAAGAUUGAGCAUAUUGAGUGGUUUGAGAAGUAUUUUGAGGAAAAGAAGGAACUUCUUCAAGAGAUUUGAGACUUGGGAAAGUGCUUACCCUUGAAAUGAAGAAUCAUUGUGUCGCGAAUGACGAUUUGUUAUAAUGGAAAUACCGUCAGUGCAUAGUAAUUGUGUGACCUGAAAGUUGUAUUUUAAAUAAUAAAAUGAAAGGUCAUACUUUC